AUGAACACACACAGACAGACAGAUCUGGAGCCACGUUUGCUCCGAAAUCUUCCAUCAUCUCUGAAAAUAUCUCAAGUGGCCUGCGGAGAGCGUCACACUCUGUUUGCGCUGGAGGACGGCACACUGGCGGCAUGUGGGCACAAUGAUUAUGGGCAAAUUGGCAGUGGUUCUAAUGAAAAUGUGGUUGUCCCUCGCUUUGUGGAGUGUGUGGAGCGCGUGUCGAAGGUCACCUGUGGGGCAAACCACAAUCUUGUCCUGACAGGUGACGGCAGGCUGUUUCAGUGGGGCUGUGGACGAGCAUGUGGGAACGCGAGGAGGAACCUCCUGUCCCCAGAGGAAGUGACACUCGCCGGGUUCUCAGUCCGAGACGUUGCUGCAGGAUGCUGGCACAGCCUUUUUCUUACAGAUGGUGGGAAUGUCUUCUCCUGGGGGAUGGGGCAAGAGGGACAGCUUGGACUUGGGGAGGACAGGACGCACGUAUCCGCUCCCUGUCUUCUCAGCUCUCCUCAGCUGACUGAGGUCACACAGAUACAAGCAGCGGACGGCUACAGUGCAGCCGUCACAGUUAUCACGCGGGCCUCAAAAGGCUCUGGACCCCCCAGCCUGUUCCGCUGGCAGGCCGAAAGGUGA